AUGAAAACAAAGGAACAUAUUAUGUUUGAUUUGGAGAUGCCAUCUUCGUUAGAGAGUUUAUCGGAGGCGGAUAGGAAAAAAUUAUCUUCUUUCCAGAGAAGUAAUUCAAGAGGAAAUAUUCAAACCUAUGAAAAGAUUGUGCCAAUUUCUUUGAAUGAUGAUUUGGUAAUCGAUAUUGAUGAUAAUGCUGAGAAGAAUCCAUUUGAUGUAUAUAAUGAUGAUAGCAUUUCAGAGUAUAGGUAUCCAAAAGAUUGUGAUGUAAAAAAGAAGAAAUCAGCUAAUGGUUCAUCAUCGAAUGGACAAGUUUCUUCAGAGGAUUCUUCAAGGCCUUCAAGUGCUGGCAGUAGUGGAAGCAGUAAGAGGAUACGAGUAAAUGCAAAUCCACUCUGUGAAACAGUUUCUCAUAAUUUACAAAUAGAUACCAUAGAUACAGAUUCUCUGAGAGAUGGAAUUCUUUGCCUAAGUGAAAGAAAGAGAAGAAAAAGAGCCAUUCUCAAUUUAUCGACAUUUAAUGCAGAGGCUAUGGUUAUUGAAAAGAUUUUACAGAGAAGAAAAACAGGGUUUGAGGACGAAUAUGAAUAUUUGGUAAAACCAGAGAAUUUUGAGGAUACUGUUUGGGUUUCCGAAAGUGUUUGUAAAAUUAAGGGAGUGAAAGCAUGGGCUCUCUAUCAAAAAUGCACAGAUUCUAUACCUUCUUUUGAGAGCAAGGAGGAACAAUUAAUAGAUGAAAUAUCAAAAGAAAUUUGUGACUGUUUUGAAAAUGAUGGGAUUUUGGAUGCUUUAAUUGAUUUAGAAAAGGAGGAGAAUGUAAAUGCAAUAAUUCAAUCUACAUUUAUGGAUAAUUUAUUGAUGAAUUAUUCUCAAGAUUUGAGCACACUACGAAAUGUAAAAACAUCCAUUGCUAGCUCUAAAUUACCUGAAAAAAUUAAGAAACACAUAGACGAGAAAGUAGAACAAUUUUUACAAAUGUCAGCAAUGAAAUCUAAGCGUGAUCCACUAGAAAUUACCAAAAACGAUAUUGCACUGAGAAAGGAAUUGGUGAAAUUUGCAAAUUAUAUCAACAAGCAUUAA